AACACACUACAUCCAUGGGUUUCUUCCCUGUGCCUGCUGCUGCUGCAUUUUCUUGCAUUGGAGACUUUGUCUCUGCUGGUCUGCCUCCUCCUUAGGCUUCUAUUUUUUUUCCUGGCUCAAGGUUAAAUGAGGGUUCUCUUGUUUUCUUCUUUACGACUCUAUCACUUCUGCUUCCAUGUCUGCAAGGACUUGUUGAGUGCAGCAAGGCUGAGGACCAGGAGGGAUUUCUCUUAUUAACCAAGCUCUCACUGUAUAUCUGCUUGCCUUCUCCCUGUUCCCUGUUGUGUGUCACACCCGCUGCUUGUGUCACAUAGCAGCUAGAGAAAAAUUGCCUUUUGCCAUAUGUUUGUGCAGACCAGCCUCAUCCUGGCUCAGGAAGUUGACUUGGUAGAACAUCCAGAGCACUGGGAUGGGGCUGAAUCCCAGAAGAACUGCCCAAGCAGAGGACUGGGAAGGGACAUACCCACCUGCACCUUGUCCUGUGGUAUUGCAGGGAUUUUCAGGGGUCUGAAUUGGGCACACAGGGAACGGCCUCGCAUCCGUCUCUCCACCCUGGACAUGGCCAGGCUGCAGGGGCUGCCGGAUGGCUCACUGGGCCGGGAGUAUGUCCGGUUCUUGGAGGACAAUUUGCAGAAGGUUUCUCCAGACACCCGGAUGCCGCCCAAGUUUGUUGAUGAUGAAGAGCUGGCAUACGUGAUCCAGCGGUACCGGGAAGUCCAUGACCUGAUGCACACCCUCCUGGGCAUGCCAACCAACAUGCUGGGUGAGGUGGUGGUGAAGUGGUUUGAAGCCAUCCAGACAGGGCUGCCCAUGUGUGUCCUGGGAGCAGCGUUUGGCCCAGUCCGGCUCAGCACACGAAAGCUGCAGGUCCUGGCCACCGAGCUGGUUCCCUGGGCGAUUCGGAGCGGGCUCAACUCCAGCUGUGUCCUGAACAUCUACUACGAGCAGCGCUGGGAGCAGCCAGUGGAGUCCCUGCGGGAGGAGCUCGGCAUCUUCCCACCCCCGGCCGUGCCAGUGUGAGAGCUCAUGUCAGGAAGGGCACAGGGGAUCCCUGUUGGCAGCCAGCAGCCGGCCCCAGCCGCGCUCCACAUCCUCCUGCCCUGCCCGGGGGCACAGCGUGGCUGUAGCUCUGCCACCACGGACCCGAGGGCUGUGUUUCCUCCUGCCAAGAGCUGGCACCAACCUGUUGGUUAGGGGCCAACUGGCACCUCCCUGUGCUGUGACAAAAAGUCGACCUUUUUUGCUGUUUGUGAUUUUGGUUGCGGGAUGUCAAGGUCAGAUGUGUCUUUGCCAGCUGGUCUGGCUGCUCAGGUCUCCCAGCAGCAGGAUUUUGGUACUGGCGCUCCCAAAUGCUGGGAUGGGGAGGGAGCACAUUGCAGCAAACUGAUGCCUUGGCCUUCUGCAGCUCCAGGGCUGUGCAGCUAAAUCCUUCCUCCCACCCUUCCCAUCCUGGGAAGAUCAAGGCUUCAAAUCUUGGGGCUGCCCUGCGCUGGAGCUAAACCCGUGAUUUCCAGAGGAGCGCAGGGGCAGGUUUGGUGCGUGCAGUGGUGAAAUCCCAUUUUAUAUUAGUGCCUAACUAGUCUCCUGUUGGGUCAUAUUGGAUGUGCCUCACUGCCUGCCUCAGAGACCAGGCAGUGUGUGAUUGUGUGCCCACGGGGCAGGCAGGGAAAUACCUCUGGAUAUUUUCCCUCCUGGAUUGGCUGUUUUGAGAGCUGAUCCCAGUCUGCUGUGUCUCCCUGUAGUCCCUCCCCAUCAAAAAUUAUGAAAUCCUCAUAAUUUUGCUGGCUGUUCAGUAGGAAUCAUCCCUUCCUAGGGCAGCAAAAUGACACUGUUGGGAUUAUGGGAUUGAAUCCAGUGAGUGCAGAAACAGCGGCUGCUGGUGCUGUGUCUGGGAGCUGAUUGCUGUCUGGGUUAAUUAAACUGUGCUCCAGACUGCCAGGGAGCAGAGUUUCUGGAUGUGAUGGCAAAGAGCCACGAGGCCAGGGGCUCUUUGUUCAUGUGUGUUUGCUGUUGGAAUUCCUUCUUGUUUAAUAAAAUCCACAUUGGGGCUUGUA